AUGCUCGAGUUAGUCAAGUUUCGCCACAUCCGCAUUAACGAUCAGUUACUGCACAAACUGAUACUCGAACGUGCUGAGCUGCAGCAAUUAUUCUACAAUCGUUUCCGACAAGCUGAUGCUGCGCACACAACGUCUAAAUCAAGUAACCGGAAGAGCGGCAAGGCUGUGUCUGUGCCGGGGAAUAAUCGUCGUGAAACGGUGCAACAGAGCCCGAAGGGCAGCAUCCAAGCAACGCUACACGCAGGAGGCAGCGACGUUGCACGGCCCCAACAAGGUAGUCGCCCUAAAGGACGACCGCCGCCGCGCACGGGAUGCCUGCAUUGUAAGGGAGAACAUUGGCUGCGGGAUUGCCCGGUCGCCACACCUGAUGAGAAGAAAGCUGCACGGGAGGCACAUCAGUCCAAGAAUUGGAAGGUGAAGAGAGCGUAUACAGUCCUUAUUAACGGAGCUGUGGAGAUAUCGAUGUGUCCAGACACGGGAGCAGACAAGUGCAUUCUCCCGGCGGAUGCAGUGAUUCACUGCCAGUGA